CUGUCCUGGGAGGGAGCAGUGCUGUGCUCCAGUGAGAUUGCAGAAGCUUUGGGGAAUGGACCUCCUUGGAAGCAUCUAGUCUGUUGUGUUCCUUAUGCUGAACAAAAGCUGCUGUUUCUGUCACUUAAAUAUCAGAGAGAGAGAUUUCCACUCUAGGAUUGUAAUGUAUUCUUGAGGUAUUAUUUGGUCUUACCAGCUAUUGAGGACAGUCCCUUGAUGUGUGGAAGUUUUUCAGCCCCUGACAAGGACAGAUUCUGCAUCCCACAUGAGCUACGAUAAUCCUCCACCGUACCCCGGCCCGGGCCCGACUGCCCCGUACCCACCCUAUGCACAGCAGCCAGGGGGGCCCCCUGGCCCCUACCCUGGCUAUCCCCCCGGGCCCUACCAGCCAGGCCAGCCAGGCUACCAAGGAUAUCCCCAGUAUGGAUGGCAGAACGCCCCGCCACCGCCGCCAGGACCGGUGUACGCAGACGGGCCCAAAAACACAGUGUACGUCGUGGAGGAGCGGCGGAGGGACGACACGGGCGAGAGCGCCUGCCUGACGGCGUGCUGGACCGCGCUCUGCUGCUGCUGCCUCUGGGACAUGCUGACCUGACCGCUGCCGCUCGCCGAGCGCUACGCAGGCUCCCCACGCCCGUCCCGACUUCUUUCUGUUACUGUAAUCAACGCUCUGCUUUGCACAGCCAACAGUUCCCGUCUGUCCGUCCUAGCGCCUUGUCGGGGUGGGGGGUGCACUCCUUUAUUUUAGUAAAGGAAAAAAAAAAUCCCUUUUUAACAUUUCUAAGACUUUUGUUGUAACUUUGAAGAAUGUGCUAAUGGUGUAUUUCAGCCAAGGGCAUUCUGAUGAAAUGUAUAUUUACCAGUUGAGAUUUUCCUAGCCCUAGAGACGAAGACGUACGCAAUAAUUAAAGCCAACAGUUGAUUUUUCUUCA